CUUGCAAAACAAUCAACACAGAGUAACACCUUCGUCCAGCCAAUACACCUCCAACCAACAAACACAAGGACCAUGUCGAUGAAACUCGUUCGAAAAUUCCUCCAGCAGGACGACGCAAACGCCCCGUCGGAGGGAGACGGCGGCGAAAGCAAGCCGCAACAGCAGCGACGAAAGCGACGCCUGGGCCAGGACCCGUCGCGCACCGCCGUUUCCGAGGACGAAGCCCUGCAGGCCACCAUACGGAGCCUGACGUACCUCGACGGAGCCAUGGAAACCCUCACGGGCAAGAGCGACAGCAAGAACAAGGCGAUGAAACGCAUCCAGAAGGAAGCCAGGGACGMCAAGAAGAGGCGCAAAGCGUCCAGGGACGCAAUGGUGGGAAACAGUCGGUCGUCGUCGUCGCAGCUGAGAGUAAAGGCCCCGUCGACCUUCAACAAGAAGAGGCAUAAGAAAGAAAAAGAAGAAAAACGGCUGAAAGAAAUCGCCAAUCUUCUGAACAAGCGAAAACUCGAAAACAAAUAAACGACCGAUGGAGAAUAGAUCGGAUUGGAAUGC